AUGGCUUUGGGAAAUAAUUUCUUACCAAACCAUUUGGAGCUUUAUGAUAGGGCUUCCACCUUUCUAAGUGACGGCAUCCCGGUUAAUGUUGUAUACAUUGACAAUCAAAAAGCUUCUGUUAGAGAACCUCAAAAGGGAUUAAUUGGUGCUCGAAUUUUUCAAGAACAAAAGAACCCAACACAAAAACUGAUUGUGAUUUUGGCAGAUGGAAUUCGAUGGGAUUACCUAGACGAUCCAGAUGUCAAACUUAAAGGAUUCCCUCGUUUGGCCAAUAAUGGGGUAAAAGCAGAGUAUCUUAUACCAAUCUACCCGUCGAACUCGUAUCCAAACUGGUAUUCUAUUUUGACAGGUUUAUAUGCUGAAAAUCACGGUUUUGUGGAGAAUGUGAUGUACGAUUCAGAGAGAAAAGAGCUUUUCCUCAUGUCUCCACAUCCGAAUGCAUCUCAUGAACACUGGUGGAACGAAGCUGAACCAAUCUGGAUCACUGCUGAAAAGAGAGGGGUCCGUAGCGCCGUCUAUUGGUGGGAUGGAUGUCAGGUGGAAAUCAAGGGGAAAACGCCAACAGUAUGUGAACCAUAUUUCCCUUAUUGGUUUUGGACGAACGUCAACCAGGACACAAAGAACAAGUUGAUACAUGUUUUAAAUGAUUUUCAAGAAGACAAAUAUCGACUUUCUUUGAUGUAUUACGAGGCAGUUGAUGCAAUGGGUCAUACCUAUGGCCCUAAGUCCAAGCAAUGUAAACAAUCCGUUCAAGACAUCGACAACAUUGUAAACACUUUACUGGAUGAGAUUUCAAGCAGAAAGUUGAAAGAUGAAGUGAAUAUAAUAAUCAUUUCUGACCACGGAAUGACGUCAAGUAAGUCCCCGAAAGUCAAGGCCAUAAAUGUAAGCACCGUCCUUGAUCCUAAUGACAUUGUGAAAAUGUUGAAUAAGGGCGCAGCGACCUAUAUUCGACAGAGAGAUAAAUUAAAACUGUAA